AUGUUACCCCAGUUGUUGUUUUUGGUUCUUCUAUCACCUAUACAGGCUUUUUUCUUUGACUUUGGCCAUGGGCAACAGCAGCAACAAGAAGCACAGACAAAUGUGGGUUAUGAGGACGCCAUUUUAAACCAAGAAUGUGCUACGUACGUUUGUCCUGUAACUCGAGAGUGUGUUCCGAACCCAGCUGCUUGUCCCUGUCCAUAUCCCAAAACUCAAAUGAAAUGUGUGCUACCAAAUGGGCAAUUUGUUUGUAUAUCUAAGCCGGCUACCCAUGAUGAACAGCUUAACCAGGUAUACGACGACCCUGUCAAGGGCCCAAAGGCUAGAAAUAAAGGUGUGCGGGACUGUGGAUGGGUUCAAUCGGCGUAUAAAGGGCUUGUAUGA